GGCCCAUCGGGCAAAUAUCAAGUCUACCCCCCUUAACGUGCACCCCGACGUACGUUAGCAGACAGACCCAGCAACCAGCUCUCUUUCUCGUCGCCGGAACAGUAAGCUGCAUAUCACGGGCGUAUUUUAGAGUGAGUCUCGCCUUUCUCUGCAAAACGACCAUGAUCACUACGGUGAACGCCCAGCAGAGAAGUGGAUCAAGUCCGAUGGCGCAAAGCCCUAGAUCUCCGUCGUCGCAGGCUCCGUAUUUGACAGUAUCGGUAUCCGAUCCGGCUAAGAUGGGCAAUGGAGUUCAGGCUUAUAUCUCCUACAAAGUUAUAACCAAGUCAAAUUUGCCUGAGUAUGACGGCCCUGAGAAAAUUGUUAUCCGACGGUAUAGUGAUUUUGUUUGGUUAAGAGAUCGCCUUUUCGAAAAGUACAAGGGUGUCUUCAUACCACCUCUUCCGGAGAAGAGCACUGUAGAGAAGUUCAGGUUUAGUGCUGAAUUCAUUGAGAUGAGGCGUCAAGCAUUGGAUGUUUUUGUCAACCGGAUUGCUUCACAUCAUGAACUUCGACAGAGUGAUGACUUAAGAACCUUUUUGCAGGUUGAUGAACAGACUAUGGAAAGAGCAAGGUCCAUGGAAAUUGGUAUUUUCAAGAAGAAGCCAGCUGAUUUGAUGCAAAUUUUCAAGGAUGUACAGUCCAAAGUGAGUGAUGUUGUUCUUGGAAAGGAAAAACCAGUUGACGAAUCAAAUCCGGAAUAUGAGAAACUGAAGAAUUACAUUUUUCAGCUUGAAGAUCACCUAGCUGAAGCCCAGAAGCAUGCUUACCGUCUUGUAAAGAGACACAGAGAGUUGGGACUAUCCUUAUCAGAAUUUGGCAAGGCAGUCAAGCUUCUGGGUGACUGCGAAGGAAAUGCUCUUGGAAAGGCAUUUUCUGAGCUUGGAGCAAAAUCAGAGAUUUUGUCCAUUAAGCUGCAGAGAGAAGCUCAGCACCUCUUGAUGAAUUUUGAAGAACCAUUAAAAGAUUAUGUUCGAGCGGUGCAAUCUAUUAAGGCUACAAUAGCAGAGAGAGCAAAUGCUUUCAGGCACCAUUGUGAACUGGCCGAAACAAUCAAGUUCAAGGAAAUAGAUAUGAACAAGCUACGAUUGAUGCGGUCAGAAAAGUUGGCAGAAGCUGAGCGUGAAUAUGAGGAGCUGAAAGCUGAUGGUGCAGAGGCAACAAGAAAAUUCGAAAGAAUUGUUAAGCUAAUGAAUGAAGAGAUCAUUCGAUUUCAAGAGCAAAAAACAUUAGACCUGGGUGUCGCUUUUCAUGAAUUCGCAAAGGGUCAGGCAGAGCUGGCAAAAGGUAUAAGUGAAGCCUGGCAAAGCCUUCUUCCCAAGCUCGAAAGUUGCUCUUCCUAACAGAAUCCAGGACCACAAGUGAGAUACUUUCUAGUACAGAAAGGUGAUAGAGUGCUGAGGCCUAGUUCUUCCCUUUGAUUGUCCGAUUUCUGAGGUUGUAUACUCUGUACAGAGCCAAAGCAAAGUGAAGCUUAUUUCACUUUUUCCUUGUAACUUCUAUAUGUAAUUGGCAGAUCACUUUUCCUCUUAACUGUUAAAAGCUUGUUUUCCUUGCUCUGUAAUAAUUCUGAUUUUGUAGGUGUUA